CUUUCUCCGAGCCUCUUCUUUCAGUUCCUUCUCUUAUUUUCCUUUAAUUUCCAGUCUGUAAGACGCAGCGCUGGAAUGGCCACUGCACUACCCACUUUGGCCAUCCCAGGCCAGCGCCUGGGCUCAAUUGCCUCGUAUGCCGCCGGUCCUGGUACACAUGUGCAGAACGCAACCAUCUAUGCCUCGAUCGCAGGCCCCGUGGUCGUCGAUCAAGCGCAACCCAGCUCCAAAGCAAAGCUCAUCUUGAGCGUCUCCCGAACAGGCCCCAAGAAGGCUGCUGCACCGGCACCCAGCACCAAGGCGUCCGCCAACCCCGCCAACACUGGAAAGCCGAAGCUGAGAUACAACACCCUGCCCGCCGUCGACUCGGUCGUGUUGGCGCGCGUAACUCGCGUUCAGAAGCGACAAGCCACCGUAUCUAUUCUAGUCGUGCUCGACGAAUCCGCUAGCUCCCAGCCGCUCAACCCCUCACAGACUGCGUCGGACAAUGACAACAUCGAAGCUAUCCUUUCGUCCGCGGCUAAUCCGGAGAACCACAGCAACUCGGAUGAACUUCGCUUCCAGGCUCUGAUCCGCAAGGAGGACGUGCGUGCUGUUGAGAAAGACCGCGUUGUCAUGGAUGAGAUGUUCCGUGUUGGGGAUAUCGUUCGCGGAACGGUUAUCUCCCUUGGUGAUCAAAGCUUCUACUAUCUUACCACGGCAAGGAAUGAUCUGGGCGUCGUUAUGGCCCGCAGUGAGUCGGGUAAUAUGAUGUUCCCGGUCAGCUGGAAGGAAAUGAGAGAUCCUGUUACUGGGGUUGCGGAGUUGAGGAAGGUAGCUAGGCCGUUUUGAUCGGUCACCUUUCUGGGGUGAGAGGAAAUUGAUGAUACCAGCAAUUAUGGAUGACGCGUUGGUCUGACCUAGCUUUGACGGCUGGCUAUGGCGCUCAUCAUUAACACCACAGUCUUAUCGGCCACGGCACUCACUUCGAGGGGUGACCCGGAUUGGGCUGAUUGACUGAUCCCGCAGGAGUCAGGCCCUUGCAGCAGCAGCAGCACCUGAAGUCGGUGCGCUCGCAUAUGAUCAGGCCAGCUCCUGCUUACAGCUUGCUCUGAAGACAGUCGCGGAAGCGCGCGAACACAUACAUAUGACUGCCGACGCGCAAGCAUCUUACCACAUUCGACAUGACUGUACAUAUCUUAACAGUUGAUGUACUCACAUCAUUGGCUAGUUGCAUGACAUGACUGCCAACCCGCAUCGCGGACACCCUAUCCUAACUUUGAUCCUUGUGCAGGAUACAAAUAAAACCACAUUCACACCUUUUGCUUUUUCGUUCGUUAUCAUAUCACUUUGUUUAUUGUUUCCUCCUUAGUAUACAUGGCUUUGGCUUUUCCAAUGCUAAGCUGUGUUUGUCAUGUGAGGUAGAUGGAUGGUUACCGCGCAAGGUCUUUACUCACUUUGCGACCCCUGUUUAGAGCUUCCUGAUUCUAAUUCCAUGUGGAUUGGGAAGUAUUACAUACAACGGGCACAUAUACCUUUCUCGUAGUAGUUUCAAUCAUAUAAACAUGAUAUUCAUCCU